UUUGGGAGUUUUUGAAACGAGACGUUUGGGACCAGAAUCUUAAGGAAAGAGGCCAAGGAAUUUUCCAGCAAAUACCUGUAUGUGCCUCGGCUUUUGUUCUCAUCUGAAACUUGGAAAACUCCCGAGCUCCUGGCUUUAGUCUGACCGGUGCCCCACUUACUGCAUCUAAACUGUGAUGUGAUUGACUUGCCAUUUAUCAGUUGGGCCGAGCACUUUUGGGCCACCCAACUUCAGCUAUUUAUGAAUGUCACUCACCUUCAGCGGUGUGCCGUUCAGAACAUUUUCUCGUUACUCCCCUCAAGGGUUGUUACAAGUGACGGAAUUCAUACCAUGUGUUGGGAUCAUUCAUUACCUACGCUUAGAUAGAAAACAUGUUCAUCGUGACGUUAUCCACUAAACUUAAAUCAAAUUGAUGUUUCAGUGCAAGAUUUGAUGAGUGUCUACGUUUUCUUCAGUGCUCAGCGGGCUGCUGGGAAGCGACAUCGCCUUUUCCCAUUUUCCGAGAUGGCUCAAGAUUCAGUACAUCUUUCUUCUGAUUAUCAGUUUUGGUUGCAGAAGCUUUCUGUGUGGGACCAGGCCUCCACUUUGGAAGCCCAGCAGGACACCUGUCUUCACCUGCCUCAGUUCCAGGAGUUCCUGAGGAAGAUGUAUGAAGCCUUGAAAGAAAUGGAUUUGAAUGCAGUCGUUGAAAGAUUCCCCACACUUGGUCAACUGUUGGCAAAGACUUGCUGGAAUCCUUUUAUUUUAGCAUAUGAUGAAAGCCAAAAAAUUCUAACAUGGUGCUUAUGUUGUCUGAUUAACAAAGAACCACAGAAUUCUGGAGAAUUGAAACUUAACUCCUGGUUACAGGGUUUAUUAUCUUACAUACUUUCAGCAUUCAGAUUUGAUAUAAAAGAAGUUAGUCUUUUCACUCAAGGUCUUGGGUGUACGCCUGUAGAUUGCUAUCCUGGUUUGCUUAAAAAUAUGGUUUUAUCAUUAGUGUCUGAACUCAGGGAGAAUCAUCUUAAUGGAUUUAACACUCAAAGGCGAAUGGCUCCUGAACGAGUGCUGUCCCUGUCACGAGUUUGUGUCCCCCUAGUUACUCUGCCAGAUGUUGAACCCCUGGUGGAAGCACUACUCACCUACCAUGGACAUGAACCUCAGGAAAUUCUCUGGCCAGAGUUCUUCGAAGCUGUAAAUGAGGCCUUUUUGCUGAAGAAGAUUUCUCUCCCCACGCCGGCUAUAGUCUGCCUCUGGCUUCGGCACCUUCCCAGCCUGGAAAAAGCAACGCUGCAUCUUUUUGAAAAGCUAAUCUUCAGUGAGAGAAAUUGUCUGAGAAGGAUCGAAUGCUUUAUAAAAGAUUCAUCGCUGCCUCAAGCAGCCUGCCAUCCUGCCAUAUUCCGGAUUGUUGACGAGAUGUUCAGGUACACACUCCUGGAGACCGAGGGAGCCCCGGAGGUGCUCGCUGCCAUGCAGGUGUUCACACGAUGCUUCGUGGAAGCUCUGGAGAGAGAAAACACGCAGCUGAAGUUUGCACUCAAGACCUACUUUCCGUACGCUUCUCCAUCCCUUGCCAUGGUGUUGCUGCAACGCCCCACAGAUAUCCCCCCGGCACGCUGGCACCAGCCGCUGACACAUAUUUCUAAACUGCUCAGGGAGAUGGUUGAAGACCAGACUCAAGGGUCUCAUGGAGGUCCCUUCGAGAGCUGGUUUCUGUUUGCUCACUUUGGAGAAUGGGCUGACAUGGCAGCCGAGCAGCUGCUGAGGCCCGAAGCUGAAUCUCCGGAGGACCUGCUGUGGCUCUUGGCCUUCUACUACAGCCCACACGACGGGAGGCAGCAGAGAACAGAGACCAUGGUGGAGGUAAGGGCAGUGCUGAGCCACCUCCUGACACUGUCUGGAAGCGCCACCGUCUCCGCCCAGGACCUGCAGGCAGCAGCAGGAGAGAUCGGGCACGUAGACCCCACUCCCCCUGCACAGCAGCUGGCCAGGCGCCUCCUCCUCAACUUCCUGCUCUGGACUCCCAGGGGCCGCACGGCCGCCCGGGACACCAUCGCCCUGGUGGCCCACACUGCUGAGAUGACCCACGAAGCCAUUGGCUUCCUGGACCAGACCUUGUGCAGAUGGCAGCGUCUGGGCAUCGACGCCCCUGAGGCUGGCCUGGUGGCCAGAGAGCUCCUCCAGGAGCUGCACACAUGCAUCCAGCGGGGAGCACAGACCACGUGGAUGUCCACGUGUGGGUCCGGCUUGCCGAGGCUGGGACAGGGGACAAGGCCUCUUCCUGUGGCCACGAGUCUUGCAGUAAGUGCCCUCCGAACACACGUGGGGAAGGUCGGUGCACAUCGUUUGCGGAACGCCGGGCUGGUGCUUUAG